AUGGCAGCACCUCGCGCAUGGGCCGUCGUCGCAGGCGUCGGACCCGGCACCGGCGCCAGCGUCGCCCGCAAGUUCGCACAAUCCUACUCCGUCGCCCUCCUCGCCCGCAACCCCUCAAACUACGAGCCCAUCGUCAAGGAGAUCAAUAACGGCGGCGGGCACGCCAUUGGCAUCUCCACCGACACAUCCGAUGGGGGAAGUGUAGCGAACGCCUUCAAGCAGAUCAAAGAACAGAUUGGCGGGCAGGGAAAGCUGGUGGCGGCGGUGUAUAAUGUUGGGGGCAGGUUUAUACGGAAGCCGUUUUUGGAGUUGAGUGAGGGGGAGUUUGAGAGUGGGUGGGAAGCUAAUGGACGCGGCGCCUUCCACUUCUCCCAGCAAGUCAUCCCGCUGCUCCUCGACGCCGUCGAGGCUUCCAACUACCCGCCGACGCUCAUCUUCACGUCCGCGACUGCCGCUAUGAAGGGUAGUGCGCUGUGCGCGUCAUUCGCGACGGGCAAGUUUGCUAUGAGGGCGCUUGCGCAGUCUUUGGCGAGAGAGUUUGGGCCGAAGGGGAUUCAUGUGAAUCAUGCUAUAAUUGAUGGGGUGAUCGAUAUUGAGCGGACAAAAGAGUGGUUGAAGGAUGCUGGACCGGAUGCGAAGAUUAAGCCUGAGGCGAUUGCGGACACUUACUGGUGGAUCCAUACACAGCCGAGGACGUGUUUUACGAAUGAGAUCGAUAUCAGACCGGCUGUUGAGAAGUGGUAG